GAUGAGGCAACCAGCAACAGCACGUGGGCCAACGUCCUGCAUCCCCGACGGAACACGCUGAGACUUUUCUCAGUCUUCAUUCUCUUCGCCGUCGUUUUGUCUCUAUGGGAAUUCUCGUCAUACCCGUCCUCACUCUACAAGUACGUCGCUACUACGGUUGCCAGACCUGAUCAUCCUCAAGCCUCCGAGCCGUCAGCUUAUGGGAGUGACGUCACGACUACCGUUACUCACGAGGCAAUCGAAGCAUCAGCGUCAUCACCAACCUACCACAAUGCAUCAAACACUGCCGUCACCUCCCAGAAGCCCCAGUCUACCGGUCCGGCUUCGGAGAUGGUCAAGUUCUGGAGCCAAUUGGCCAACGAACUAUACGAGGCAGAGCCCAAAGGAGAAAAGAUUACAGCCCCAAAGGCCCUUUCGCGAGAUAAAUUCGAUCCUUUUGGCGCCACCCCACAGACUGACACCGAUGUUCUCAAAUUGCCCGACGAGGAGUUUGAGUCGCUGCAGCAAAACCACGCUGACUAUGUGGCGGGUAUUAAAAAGCUAGCUUCUAGCAUUCCCUUCACAAAGAACUCUCGAGGCGUAGUCAUGACCUCGAAGUCUGAUAGUUUCGGCAUUGCGGUCACAGCUAUCCUCAUGUUACGGCAUAUCGGGUCGACGCUCCCUGUUGAGCUGUUUCUCGAUUCAACAAAUGACAACGAUCGACGGCUGUGCGAGCAAUCACUAGCAGAUCUGCAAGUCACAUGCUUGGAUAUGGAUAAUUUUCUUCGCUUGCCGGAAUCUUCCAAAUGGGAGACGCCAAAGCUAGAGAAGUAUCAGUUCAAGGCCUUCUCUAUCCUCUUCUCUAGCUUCCAGGAGGUGCUGUUCCUCGACGCCGACGCAUUCCCCAUCCGAAAACCAGACUAUCUCUUCGACGUCGAACCUUACAAAAGCCGUGGUCUGGUUACCUGGCCGGACUUCUGGUUGCCCACCAUAUCGCCCCUUUUCUACGACAUUGCGGGGGCUCCGAUGCCAAAUGUUACUCUCAAGUCACGGGCAUCUGAAUCAGGAGUAAUGCUGUACAACAAGGCCAAACACGCCGACAGCUUGCUCUUAGCCAUGUAUUACAACUUUUAUGGACCCAAGUUCUAUUACCAGCUCCACUCACAAGGCGCUUGGGGAUCAGGAGAUAAGGAGACGUUUCUGCAAAGUGCCUUGGUGCUUGGAAAUCCAGCGUGGCAAGUCAAGACCCCGCCACAAAUGAUUACGUCGGAGGGCAUCAAUUAUGGCAGUGGAAUAUGGCAAGCGGAUCCCGAGCAAGAUAUGAUGCAGUAUUUGGAGUCUGUAGACUCGGAGGAUGAAAAUUCAGAAGAGAGUAACGCGGAGAAGAGGGAUGAGGUCAAGGUUACAAGUACCAUGUUUGUUCACCUCAACAGAGUCAAGAUCGACGCUCGACGUCUGAAUCUCUUGGUAGCAGAAGUUUUCUCUAAGGAGAGCGAUGGGGAAUUAUCCAGGCUAUGGGGGCCUGACAGCGACUCGGUGGUGGAGAUGGCUGGCUAUGAUCUUGAGAAAGUCAUCUGGGAGGAGAUUAUUAAAGCCAAUUGUGAGCGGUCGCUAUCAGAGGAAUGCGACAGGAUACGAGAAUUUUAUAGUAGAGUAUUUACAAAAUGAAAGUUGC